AUGUCGCAAACAGAAGUUGAAUUACAACUGCAAAGACUCGAAGCAUCCAACAUUUCCACCUCAUCUGUGGCACAAGAUCACAAUAUGGACGAAGAAGAAGGACACGCGCGUCAGCAACAACUCGGUGCCGAUGGAGAAGAAGAAGAAGAGGAGAUGAAUGGACCUUUACUUAUUGAACAACUUGAGGGUAACGGUAUCACUACAUCAGACAUUAAGAAAUUGAAAGCUGAAGGGUAUCAUACUAUUGAAUCUAUUGCUUAUACACCCAAGAGGCAAUUGAUCACGGUCAAAGGUAUUAGUGAAGCAAAAGCCGAGAAAAUCUCCAACGAGGCUGCUAAAUUAGUGCCCUUGGGUUUCACCACUGCAUCUGAGUUUCAUUCAAGAAGAUCGGAGUUGAUUUGCUUAACUACUGGAUCCAAACAGUUGGAUACAUUGUUGGGAGGUGGGGUUGAAACUGGUUCAAUUACUGAGGUGUUUGGUGAAUUUAGAACCGGUAAAUCUCAGUUAUGUCAUACAUUGACAGUUACAUGUCAAUUACCAAUUGAUAUGGGUGGUGGUGAAGGUAAAUGUCUUUAUAUUGAUACCGAGGGGACUUUUAGACCCAAUAGAUUAGUUUCCAUUGCUGAAAGAUAUGGAUUAAGUCCCAACGAUUGCUUGGAUAAUGUCGCAUACGCAAGAGCUUACAAUGCUGAACAUCAAUUAAAUUUAUUACAUUUAGCAGCACAAAUGAUGGCUGAACUGAGAUUUUCAUUGCUAAUUGUUGAUUCCAUCAUGUCGUUAUAUCGUACUGAUUACGCUGGUAGAGGUGAGUUAAGUGCUCGUCAAACAUCAGUGGCCAAGUUUAUGAGAACAUUGCAAAGAUUAGCAGAUGAGUUUGGUAUUGCUGUAGUUAUUACUAACCAAGUUGUUGCUCAAGUUGAUGGAAUGUCAGGAAUGUAUAAUCCUGAUCCUAAAAAACCCAUUGGUGGUAAUAUUAUUGCUCAUGCUUCAACUACGAGAUUAUCAUUGAAAAAGGGUAGAGGUGAACAAAGAAUUUGCAAAAUUUAUGAUUCACCUUGUUUACCGGAAAGUGAUUGUGUUUUCGCCAUUUACGAAGAUGGUAUUGGUGAUCCAAAAGUGGAAGAUGACGAGUAG